GACACACUUCCGCCUCGUCGCCAGGCAGCUGAAAGAAGACAGAGCCGUCCCGUUCGUCUCAGAAGAUUUAUCUGCUGUACAGAGAGAUACAAGAAUCCAGCAGACAUGUACUGAUACAGGCUGUCAGACACCAUCACCAGAGACGUGCUCAGUUGGGACACAGCUUCCCAUAAAGACUCUCCAACCGCAUAUCAGAAGUAAAGGGACACAGACAACAUCACAUUAAACAGACAUUUGUGAAAAAAAAUCUCCUUGAGCAGCAAGAGAGGACCUCAAGGAUGGAGCAAGAUGAGCCCCUGCACCGCUACAUUAAAGAGGAAGAGCAGGAGCCACCACAAAUAAAAGAGGAAGGUGACCCCCACAUUAACGGGGAAGAGAAACCAAAGCGACCCCACAUUGAGGAGGAGGAGGAGGAGCCACAUACUUCUUACAUUAAGGAGGAAGAAAAUGAGUGCCACCCCUUAGAGAGAAAGAGGAGUCAUAGCUUCUCUCACAUUAAAGAAGAGGAGGAGGAACGCAGCAUCAGUCAAGAAUGGUUGGGGGAGUUCCAUGUGAUUGUGAAGAGUGAAGAUGACGAGGUCAAAGGUGAGAGUGAGGAGAGGAGAGAGGCGGAGCCUCCGAGCAGCAGCUUAACAGAAGCUGAUGGAGACCACUGUGGAGGAUCACAAGCAGACAAGCUCUUAGCUCCACUAUCAGAUAGUGACAUUGACACUGAUGAUGAAGACUCUAAAAGCGAUAAGACAUGUCAAGCCGACAGCACUCGCUUGACGUGUCCUCACUGCGACAAGACCUUCAAAUAUCAUUGUUUCCUCAAAACACAUGUGCGAAAACACACCGGGGAGAAACCGUUCUCCUGCUCAAUCUGCGGUAAAGGUUUUUCCCAAAACGGCGCGUUGACGUUACACAUGCGAACACACACCGGGGAAAAACCUUUUCCCUGUUCAGUCUGCGGCAAAUAUUUCACCCAAAGGCAACAUUUGAAAAUACACAUGAUAAUGCAUACCGGAGAAAAACCUUUCUCCUGUUCAGUCUGCGAUAGAGGUUUUGUACAACGCAGUGAGUUGAAGGUACACAUGAGAACACAUACGGGAGACAAGCCAUUCGUGUGCUCAAUUUGUAGUAAAAGAUUCACCCAGAAGGCCAAUUUGAUCAUGCACACAAGAAUACACAGUGGUGGAAAACAUUUUAUCUGUUCAGUCUGCGGGGCGGGGUUUACCCAAAAUCACAAUUUAAAAACACACAUGAGAAUACAUACUGGAGAAAAGCCCUUUUCAUGUUCAGUCUGUGGCAAGGGUUUUAUACAGAUCGGUGAGUUGAAUGUACACAUGGUACUGCACACAGGAGAAAAACCUUUUUCUUGUUCGGUGUGCGGCAAAGGUUUUAUACAAAGCAGUUGUUUGAAGGUACACAUGAGAGUACACACUGGAGACAAAUCAUUCAGCUGCUCAAUUUGUGGCAAAGUAUUCUGCCAGGAAGCACAUCUGAAAGUACAUACUAGAACACACACCGGUGAAAAACCGUAUACCUGUACGAUAUGUGGUAAAGGUUUUACUCAAAGUCACUCUUUGAAAACGCACAUGAGAAUACACACCGGAGAGAAGGUGUGGAGUUGCAGUGUGUGUGAGGAAAGAUUCUCUUCUAAGUACCAGCGUAAGAAACACAAGUGUGCUGGUGAGAACAGCAGCAGCAAAUGAAGAUGCAGGAUUUGAACUAAACUGUCAAGACUUAAAGGGGAACAUUAUCACCAGACCUAUGUAAGCGUCAAUAUAUACCUUGAUGGUGCAGAAAAAAUACCAUCUAUUUUUUUAACCGAUUUCCGAACUCUAAAUGGGUGAAUUUUGGCGAAUUAAACGCCUUUCUGUUUAUCGGGCUGGAGGCGAUGACGUCAGAAUGUGACGUCACCGAGGUAACACACCCAUCAUUUUCAUUUUCACAUUACAAACACUGGGUCUCAGCUCUGUUAUUUUCCGUUUUUUUGACUAUUUUUUGGAACCUUGGAGACAUCAUGCCUCGUCGGUGUGUUGUCGGAGGGUGUAACAACACUAACAGGGAGGGAUUCAAGUUGCACCACUGGCCCGAAGAUGCCAAAGUGUCUGCCGCCAGACCCCCAUUGAAUGUACCAGAGUGUCUCCACAUUUGACCGGCGAUGCUAAGGCAGACAUGGCACAGAGAUGUAUGGAUAAUCGCAGAUGCAUUUGCAACAAUAGUCAACGAAAUCACAAAGGUGAGUUUUGUUGAUGUUGACUGCCAGCUAAUCAAUGCUAAUAUGCUACGCCAAUCGAUGCUAACAUGCUAUUUACCGGCGGUGCUAAAGCAGACAUGGCACAGAGAUGUAUGGAUAACCUGUAGAUGCAUUUGUAACUAUAUUACGUUUCCUUCCACCCACAUUUAAUGCGAAACAAACACUUACCAAUCGACGGAUUUAAGUUGCUCCAGUGUCAAAAGAUGCGAAAGUCCUGAUCGUUUGGUCCGCACAUUUUACCGGCGAUGCUAACGCAGCUAUUCGGCCAUGCUAUGGCUAUGAAUAGCGUCAAUAGCUAUUCGCUCAAUAGCUUCAGUUUCUUCUUCAGUAUUUUCAUACUCCAACCAUUCGUUUCAAAACAUGCGUAAUCUGUUGAACCGCUUAAGUCGCUGAAAUCCGAGUUUGAAUCCGAGCUAAUGUCACUAUAUCUUGCUGUGGUAUUCCCAUUGUUUGCUUACAUUGGCAGCACUGUAUGACGUCACAGGGAAAUGGCCAGUGUCUUCGCAGAGAGCGAAAAUAAGGCACUUUAAAGCUUUAUUUAGGGAUAUUCCGAGACCGGUAAAAUUUUGAAAAAAACUUCAAAAAAUACAACAAGCCACUGGGAACUGAUUUUUAUUGUUUUUAACCCUUUUGAAAUUGUGAUAAUGUUCCCCUUUAAACUUUGACUUUCCAACAACAUCAGCACAUACAACAUGUGUGACAUCAUUGUUGUGUGUGUAACACAAUCUUGUUGUCAUGCUUCUUACAUUUACAGAUAAGUAUUAAUAUACAACGUUGUGUCAUUUCAUUUAAAAAUGAACAGAAUAAUUUGAAAGGGUGAAGCUAAACAAAAGUUACAUACAAUAAAAAAAAAAUCACUUUUGAAAAUAUUUACAGUGCUUUUAUAUACAUUUUUUGAACAGUGAAGUGUUACAUAAUGUAUUUUCUAAUUGUGGAAGAUUCCAUAGAUGAACUCCUUUAUAUGAUGUACAUAUUUGUUUUACAUGUGUUCAUACCUUUGCUUUUGAGUACACAUAAAUCCCUCUUAGUUCAUAUUUACUGGUUCACAUCUAAAACAUCUUCUGGACCACUUCUGAAAACAUAUUUACUUUAUACAUCAUUAGAGCAGUUGUCUUUUAUACAAUUUUAAAAUGUGACUUUAGGAAUCAUUUUUUUGGUCUCUAUAAUCCAUUCUAUUAUAUUUAUUACUCUCUUGUAAUGUGAAUAUUGCUUGAUAUUGAUUGUUUUAUAUGUAUGUCCCCAGACCUUUAUGCAAUAUAAACUUUAGAUCAGAGAAGAUGGCAGAAUUAUUUAUGGUAGGCAUUGAAGUAUGGUUUUAUUUUUAUGAAUAUUCAUUUGUGAAUAAAAAAAUAUAUACCCA